GUCACGCAAGACUUCUGACCAGCUGGGAUCAUCGCUGCACUGUUUCCGACUUGUUUGCUAGUUAUUCGGAGAAAUAUUAUAAGAAGCUCACACUCACCAGGUCCGAGACUUUUCCACAAUGGGGAUUCUUGGACUUUCAAAGCUUAUUGCUGACAUUGCACCAUCAGCCAUCAAAGAAAAUGAAAUGAAGAACUUCUUUGGCAGGAAGGUGGCCGUUGACGCCAGCAUGUGCAUGUACCAGUUCCUGGUGGCCGUUCGACAAGAAGGCGCUAACCUGACCUCGGCCGACGGCGAGACCACCAGCCACCUGAUGGGCAUGUUCUACCGCACCAUCCGCAUGGUGGACAACGGCAUCAAGCCGGUGUACGUGUUCGACGGCAAGCCGCCCGAGAUGAAGGGUGGAGAGCUGGCCAAGCGGGCAGAGCGGCGCGAGACGGCGCAGAAGGCGCUCUCCCAGGCCGAGGAGCAGGGGAACCAGCAGGACAUCGACAAAUUCAGCAGGAGGCUCGUCAAGGUCACCAAAAUGCACGUAGACGAGUGCAAACAGCUGCUGAAGCUGAUGGGUAUUCCAUACGUGGAGGCGCCAUGCGAGGCGGAGGCACAGUGCGCGGCGCUGGUGAAGGCAGGUCGCGUGUACGCCACGGCCACCGAGGACAUGGACGCGCUCACGUUCGGCUCCAGCGUGCUGCUGCGUCACAUGACCUUCAGUGAGGCGCGCAAGAUGCCCAUCAAGGAGUUCCACCUGGCCGGCGUGCUGGAAGAGUCGGGCCUCAGCCAGGACGAGUUCAUCGACCUGUGCAUCCUGAUGGGCUGCGACUACUGCGACUCGAUCCGCGGCGUCGGUCCGAAGCGGGCGAUCGAGCUGAUGCAGAAGCACCGCUCCAUCGAGGCGAUCCUGCAGCACCUGGACCGGGCCAAGUAUGGCGUGCCCGAGGACUGGCCGUUCGCCGAGGCGCGCCGGCUCUUCCUGCAGCCAGACGUGGCCGACUGCGCCCAACUGGAGCUGAGAUGGGUGGAGCCGGAUGAGGACGCCCUGGUGGCCUUCAUGUGCUCUGACAAGGGCUUCAGCGAGGAGCGCAUCCGUAACGGCGCCAAGAAGUUGGCCAAGGCGCGCAACACCACCACACAGGGCCGACUGGACUCGUUCUUCAAGGUGCUGCCCAGCCCCGGCGCCGGCAAACGCAAGGCCGACGACAAGAAGUCUGCAUCGAACAAAAAGGCGAAGGCCAGUGGUGGUGGUGGAAAAUUCAGGAGAGGGAAGUAACUAUGCGUACCAUCUUUUGACGGCUGAGGGGUAUCAUUUUGUAUGCUUGGUCACGUUUUCAUCGGCGGGACGCCAGCUUCCCUCUCAUUUUGUAACAUCGGCAUUGCUAAUAUCGUAUCGGGUAUGUGUCUCGGUGGUGGUGGCCUGCGUGCCCGCCCAAUGGCAUCUCGGUCAGAAGACGCCAUCUCACGAACACCAAUCAGGCGGGCAUCGAUUAGGCCGCCCGGCCAGGGCUGGCCUUGUUCGUGUGUUUGCUCUCGAAGGGGGUCUGUUGCUGUUAGCAUAGAUGGGCUCCCCGUUACGGUCAACAAACUCUGCCGUGCCAGCCGUACGACCCUGCUUUAUGACAGUGCUGACCUCGGCUGUUUUAGUGUAACCCAUUGGCCUCUUCGGUCCCCGAACCUUACGAUUGCGAUUGUCCAUUGUAUUUUUCAGUGUAUUGAUGCAAUAUACUCGCCGUGGACACAGUAA